CCCACCUAAAAAUGCCGUUCUUUGUGGACUGCCCGCAGGACGUGCGCAGCCGCAGCAACGGCGACGCGGUCCAGGGCAUCGAGCUGCAGUCGGCCGAGGUCCUCGCCGAGGAGGCCCAGGAGGUGCUGGGCGCGCCGCAGGACGGCGGCCACGACGAGCACGACGACGAGCCGUUCAGCGAGAUCAUGGUGCACCAGUGCAUCCACACGGUGGAGUACGUCCUGUCCACCGUGUCGCACACCGCCUCCUACCUGCGGCUGUGGGCGCUGUCCCUGGCGCACGCCCAGCUCUCGGACGUGCUCUGGAGCAUGAUCUUCCGGAAGGGCAUCAUGGCGGGCCAGAGCGAGCACGACGACGGGAGCGUCGGGAGCAUGGUCCUGGGAGGGGUGUUCAUCUACCUCGCCUUCGGCAUCUGGACCUUCUUCACGGUGUCCGUGCUCGUCCUCAUGGAGGGGCUGUCCGCCUUUCUGCACACCCUGCGUCUGCACUGGGUGGAGUUCAUGAGCAAGUUCUACGUCGGCGCUGGCUACGCCUUUCAGCCGUUCGCCUUCAACAACAUCCUGGAGCCCAGCGCUGAGGACGACUAGGUCGCCGUAAGUGUGUUUGAGAGAGCGGUCGCGCUGCACUGGACUGGACCCGUACCACACACCUUCACGUGAUGACAAACUAGUCGCUAGCAAACUUUGUGUUCACGCGGCUCGGCUCACCCCAGCCUAUUCCGUAACAUUAGGUGAUUAAUCAGUUUAAGUCUGUCAUUUCCAACUACUUGUACAAAACGCAUCCAAUGUUGAAGGCGUGUUACGUCGAUCAACUUCUGCAUUCCACUAUAGAGUAUUCAUUUCGUGUUUAGCGUAGUAUAUUUUUGCCAGACUGAGAGUUCAGGCGAGGUUGUCGAUCUAUAUCAAAAAUAAAAUAGCUCAACUGAAAAAAA